UGCUUGGUUUUAUGUCUCUAUCACGACCUGUCUGGAACUUACAUCCCUGCUAAUGGAGUAAAAAUAUCAGCUUUCACAGACUAUAGUGAGGACUGAUUGGUAAUGGAAGGUGGACAAUACUGUGGCUGGCAUACAUCAGGAUUAAAUGCGUCCAAAGGUUCCCCCACCGUUUAAUGAGAACCUCUCCAGGACUGCCUCCCGUCUGUCUCACGUUGAAGGCACCCAAGCACACUGUUCCGCGCAUCACUCCCUUUCUGCUCCCUCCUCCUUUGCCCUGCCCACAAUUGGCUCCUUACCAGUUCUUCUCUGGGGACUGAGAGACAUGAAGGAUCUCCUCACAUAGAUGAUUAAAAGGACAUGUUACCUGUGAGAGCAAGAGCGAGGAGGGCAGGUGAGGGGGGCUCGCUCAGACUGGAGGAGAAUCCGGAGGAAGGGAUUUGAAAGAACAGAUUACAGUUGGCAGUGGACCUGGGUGGAAAGGAAGCCGUUGAGCAAUAGGAACAGGGCUUUCUAAGGGACAGUGGGGUGUGCGCAGCCAGCGCGAUCUUAAGUAGCAGAAAGGGCUAACGCAUCCUGGUCUUCUCUCAUUCUCGAUGCUCCUUCCUGUUCCCUUUGCUUACUAGGAGUUAAAGCCAGAGACGUGAAGGGACUCUUGCCCUUGAUGGUGCUAAUGGUGAUUGUCUACUUGCUGCUCCUGCUCUGGGAAAACGAGCUGGCCGAGGACGUCAUGCUGACAUCCAUCGAGCAUUUGCACGUGGACUACCCUCAGAACACGGUCCCCCUGCGUUACUGCAACUAUAUGAUCCUACAAAGAGUCAUCCGGGAACCCGACCACACGUGCAAAAAGCUGCACGUCUUCAUUCACGAGAGGCCACAGAAAAUCAACAGCGUCUGCACGUCCUCCAAGAAGAAGAGCUGCACAAACUACUCGGAGAUUUUCUGCUUCCAGAGUGAGAUGAGAUUCAGAAUGACAGUCUGUCAGCUCAUUGACGGCAACAGAUACCCCGCUUGCAGGUACCACAUCUCCCCUAUAGAGGGGUUCAUCCUUGUCACCUGUGAUGACUUAGGACCGGUUAAUUUUCAGGGGUACAUUGAAUGA